UGGCAACAUGGCUUGUCAAGUUAAAAAGCACGAAAAUGUGCUCCGUGAAAAAACAAGUUAUUUUUGUUGUAAAACCAAGAAAUGUAGUACAGUGAUGUGUGUAAACUGUGGAAAAACCUUUCACCUGGCCUGUGCGACCCGAAAACGCGUCAGAAAACCGCGAAAAAAGCAAGCUACGGGACAAACUAGUGGCAGAGCUGCAAUCAAAAAACCAAUUACUAAUGGAAAACAAGAUUUUACUGGAAGAAAAAAUCAAAAUCCUCCAGGAAAAGCUACGUAAGGAAAAUCGCAGGAAAAAGCCAGGGAAAAACCGGCCACGAACACCAGUCGCAUUCCUGCAAGAGUGGGAAGUUUCCAAAGCGCCGACAACACUGCAAAGUGACGCCAAUGACAGUGACACGGAGAACAGCAGGAGCAUGGUUUUGCAAGAACCACGUGACAGCAACAAAAGCAAAACUUCAGACGAAAGACAAGAGGUAGAACCGGCAACAUCGCAAGUCGAGGAUGACAAUAAAGAAAAGUCGGAACAUGCCCUCGAGCGACAGGCGUCAAAUUUACAUACGUCAACAACAAAAUCAGCUGAUCAAAAUUGCCUGGUAGAAAAAUCCCAAAAAAAUCUCCAAGCAGAGGAAGAAAAUACACAAAAUUCUCCUGAAAGUAACGAGAACGCCUUCCAAAUAGUUACCUAUAAGAAAAGGGCAAGCAAAAUCCCCAGACAAGAAGAAACCCAGCGACCCAGUCCGAUACUUGGGAGCAAGCUGAAGUGCCCUCUGCAAGCAUCACAACGAGGAACAUGCCUGUUUAUAUCCGGUCUAGAACCAAACACCAGUCCAGAAGAUGUCAAAAAAUACAUUGAAGAAACCACAAAGGCAGGGCCCUCAGGGGUGAAAAGGCCUAGAUUGUGUAAGAAAAGUUGGAAACAAAGAAUUCCUUUGAAUGAUAAAGAACUAGAAAGCUAUUUGCUGGACUCGGAUGAUGAUACUGGUGAUCCAGACUAUGAGGAUUUAGAUGUUGAGGCUGAGUAUGGCAAUUCUAGUGACAGUGAUGACCAAGGUGAUGAGGAUGAUUUGGAUUUAUCAGCCGUCCACGAUAAUAUACCCGAUGUUUUGGAUAAUAGUUUAAAAUUAACAACAAAUCCCAAACCCCAACCUAAAAAAAAAACACCUGGCCAGGCUCCUGUGGAUGAUGUCAUAUGGGAUGCAAAACUCGUAUCAAUGGACACCUUAGAAGAUUCUCCUGUUUCAACAAGAACCAUUGAUACAAGUCUACAUUGUGUUAUAGAUGAAAUUUACCAACGCACAGAAAACACCACAUGUCCUAUCUACGAGAUCUCCUUGCAGUCAAUGACAUGGAAACAAUUAAGUACGCUUGGUUAUUUGUGA